AGUAGCAACUGAAACAUGGAGUACGAUACGAGAUUUUUGUUGAACGACAAUCCAUAAACAAUUCAAAUAAUGAAUGAAGAAAGAAAGUUAAGUAGCAAUAAUUGAAAAAUACUGAAUUUCAUAUCAUAUCAAGAAUGUUCGAUGGGCAAAAUAGAAACGAAAAUUUUAAAUACAGAUCUGACAACGUGAUGUCCUCAACCUCACUUCAAAUAUGAGUUCACAAAACUGACUAAAGCACACAGUCUCAAGUUUGUGUAGAUUGCGGAUAAAAACUCAGUUAGGUCUCCCUUGUGAGACUGAAAAAGAACGUGCAUUGAACUGAUUUAUGACGUCACAAGUGAAAGAUUUGGUGUAAAUGGAAAGCAGUUAAUAUUUGGUCGAGAACUGAGAUUUUAGAAAGGUGUCAGUUUUAAAAAUGAAGAUUGGUCAACACUUUACGAAAUGAAAAUUAUUAUCUUUAUUCCAAAAACAGUUAAUAUUGCAGCAUUUUGCCCUAUAAAAUUGAAAGCAUUAUACAAAUAGAAAGUGUUAUCAAAUCUACAGUCUUGAAAUUUUACUUUAUAAUAUUCGAAGACAAAAUAUCCAGUUAUUUGCGAAAGCCAGCUCAUAAAAGUAUGAGGAUAUCUACGAAACUAUAUCUAAUAGUAUUUAUGUGUGCAUUUAUUAUAUUAGUACAAUACCAUAUAUACAACCCGUGGGUGAUACCUGCUCUCAAUAAUGAAGAAAUUCAACGAGAGGAUUUCUCUAGAAAACUACAACAAGUGCCGUGCUAUAAUACAGCUACAACUGAUGUAUCGGAUUUGCCUCCUCUGUAUAUCAUUACUCCUACCUAUAGAAGACCUGAACAAAUAGCCGAAUUAACUCGGCUAUCUCACACUCUAAUGUUAGUGCCGAAUCUUACAUGGUUAGUGAUAGAAGAUGCCUACAAAACCAACGAUCUCGUAGAAGAAAUCUUGAAAAAAUCUGGAUUGAAGUAUCAGUAUAUGACUGCGCCUAUGCCUGCUGAAUAUAAAAAUAAAACCAAAGGAGCAAAACCUAGAGGGGUUUCGAAUAGAAAUAAAGGUAUAGAAUGGAUACGAGAACAUGCUAAAACUGGAGUAUUGUAUUUUGCAGAUGACGACAAUACAUACGAUUUGGAAUUGUUUAGUGACAUAAGAUACACAAAACGAGUAUCAAUGUUUCCAGUGGGAUUAAUUACAAAAGCAGGAGUAAGUUCUCCUAUUGUUAAGCAUGGAGUUUUUGCCGGUUUCUAUGAUGGAUGGAUUGGUGGCAGAAAAUUUGCUGUUGAUAUGGCUGGUUUUGCAGUUUCUGUAGAAUUUCUACUUAAACGCCCUACCGCUAAGAUGCCUUUUAAACCAGGUUUUGAAGAAGAUGGAUUUUUGAAGAGUUUGUCUCCUUUUGAACCUAGAGAUGUUGAGUUACUAGCGUCUAAUUGUACAAAAAUAUUGGUAUGGCACACACAGGCAAAGAAAAAUGAACCGUCGUUGCCUCUAGAUAUGGUUAAACAUAAUAAUACAAACCUCAUAAUGCUCAAAAAAAUUUUAGUCUAGUCUAAGAUUGUUUAAAUUUUAACAUAACGCGCAUGUUAAAAAACUACUUAUGAAAGUGAUCACGCUAUAUAAUGGCAGUUGUUUAAAGUCCAUUCGAAAUGUACAUAGGGCAGAAAAUAAUUUUUUUAUGUUCAAAUAUGUUGAAGUGAAAAGAAGUUUAAUUUUUAUUUAUUUGCGAGUUAUAUGCAGUCGAAAAGUUGUCGAAAUAUUGUUCAUAUUCAAAAGUAAAAAUCUAAUAUGUAGUAAAUUUACCAUACUUAUCAAUAGUUUUAACAUCAUGUUCAAUCCUCAAAUUAUAAAUCUAUUUGUUUCCUAAAAUUAAAUUUCAUACACUAUUUCAGAUAUACUACGUAUUUCUUCUACUACUACGCAAUUUAAGGUGCUUUUUUUGAUACUUUAAAGUUCAUAUUUUGCUUAUUUCUAAAAUAAUUUGCUCAGUAUUUUUUUGUUUCACUACGUUUGGCAUAUGAAAAUUUCUUUGCAGAGUGUAUGAAGAGCUCAUUAUAAUUAUUAAGUAGUGUUCCAAUUGAAGUUAUGAAUUGGAUUGGUUUUGACAGAGCCGCUUUAUGACAUGUUUGUUUAUCCAGUUCUCGUUAGUAUGGGAGAAAAUUUAACAUAUAUUAUUUGGGUUUAUUGAAAAAUGAAUAUCGGGGUAACUUUACUCGACUGUUUCCAUAGAACUGCUUGUUAAUGACUCACCAAAUAAUAAUCUCCAAGGGUUUUUUGUGUUCACUAUAACCAAAAGUUUAUUUCACUUUAUAACGUUUGGUGAAUGUUCGAUAAAGUAUAUCAACAGUUUUUCAAUUGUAUUUGUUUUAGUUUCUUGUCUUUUCCUUGCUAUUUAUUAAUGAAAAUAUUUUUUUAAUGAACGCACUUUAAUUAAGUGUUGAAAGAUAUCAUAGUAACAUGAUUGUGAUAAUCAAUAUGUAUCCCAUUUAAUUAAUUUUAGUUGUCAAGAAUGGGGCUGUGGACGAAUUUUAUACCUACACUAAUUUUAAAAUACAUGCAAUAUACACAAUCAUGUAGAUAUUGAAAUAAAUAUAUUUAUUGCAA